CCACUUUGUAGAUUGUCCCGCCCAUAAUAAAUCGAUUAUGAGCUCACUUUAUCAGUCGUUUUCUUUAAUGUGUGGAAAAAGAACCAAAUAUGAAAUGUGGACUUUUGAUAUAACCAUCAAAGCCUAACUAAACCUUUAAAUUCUUUAAACCGUUUCUCUGGUCCUAAAGAGCAAAGAGCAAAGAGCAAAAUCAUUAAGCUGUUUUAAUUUUUCGGUUCUGUUGCUUACUUCUGGAAACUACAGUCCGACUCUCUCUCUCUCUCUCUCUGAUUUACUCUUCUUCAAGUUUACUUUUGUGGGGGAAAAAUGAAGGUUUUAGGUGAAAGAGUAACGAAUAGAACCAAGAGGUUCUUCACAGAUUCCACCUUCCUCAUCUCUCUAGAGACCUAAAAAGCUCAUUAAAGAAAAAGCAAAAAAAAAACAAAAACUUCAGCUCUCUGUCUUUGCUUCAAGAAGCAGUCUUCUUUGGUCUUUCUUCUUAUAUUGCUUGUUGAGUAUUUCUCUUCUCAGCUCAGUGUUUUAACUAAUGGCCGAGUCUACGAUAGAAGUGAAGCUAGUUCGUUGUCCAAAGUGCAAGAAUCUCUUACCAGAGCCCAAAGACUGUUCCUUCUUCCAGUGCGGUGGUUGUGGAACCGUUCUUUGCGCCAAAAACAAGGACCGUGAAGCAGAUCCAGUGCCGGAUAACUCAGUGAAAACGAGAGCCAAAGAAACUGAAGUUAACUCUUGUUCAAGCGAAGAAGAAUCUGAUUCAGAUGAUGAUUCAUCAAGACACAACCAAACUGGUCAAACAGAUGUUCCUUGUUCAAAACAGAAUGUUGUUAGCGGUUCUCAAUCUGGUUUGGAUCGGUCGUUCAGAUUCUCUGCUUCUAACUACUUUCAAGAUUCUGUGUCUAGUGAUGAAGCAAUCCAGCAAGACAGAGCUGAGCUUGUGAAAAAAAUGGAUAAGCUAAAAGAACAGCUUCAUCAACCCAAAGAGCAACAGAUCCCAAGGUCAUCCAAAAAGGCUCCACUGCGGUUUCCAAGCUCUGGUAAACACCUUGCAGGUCCUUAUUACCAUCAAACUCAUCACCACUACUCUAGACAGUAUACUAGCAAUAACUGUCAUGAUUUGUUUAACACACACCAAGGAAAUGGAAUGCUUCUUCACCAAUCAACUUGCUCUUGCUUCCACUGCUAUGAUCCAUAUCAUAGAGCUUCAGGCUCAGUUUAUCCUCCCUCAGGGCUCCCUGAUGCUCUUCAUAACAUAGGUUUCUACCCUUAUGAGAGAAGCACUGCGUUUCCUUCUCCACUGCAUAGUCCUAGAUCCUUUAUACCUCCUUACCCUCCUGCUUCUCAAUCUCGUGGUCAUUGCAAACCCUCUAGAGCUGUAUCAUCAUCAGGUGGUUCUCGCUUAGUCCACCCUGUAGCUGGUGGUGCACCAUUUAUUAACUGUAAAAAGUGCUCCAAGAUUCUGAAACUGCCAGACAAAACAGAUUCUGCUACUAGAAAGCAACAGAGACUGCGCUGCGGAGCGUGUUCUUGUCUGAUAGAUUUCUCCUUUGCUGAUAAGAAACUCAUUCUCUCAACUGAUCCUGCUUCGGCAAGAGAAGAAGAAGAAACUCUCAGUAGGCUGCAUUGGUUAACUGCUCUUGACGUCUCUUGCCUAGACUAUGUAUCAACUGGUCCUGCUUCUCCUAGCUUCUCUGAAGACGAGCUUAGUUCAGACAGUCAAACAGGCAGGAAACUCAUUCCAGAUUUGCCUUUUUACUCUUCCAUCAACGUAAAGGAUCGUUCAGGGGCAAGGAGCCAAAGCUCUCGUUCAGAACAGAACAAGGUGUUACUAAGCAAGACAGUCAAGAGACAGAACUCUAUGAAAGAAGCUUCGGUUCUAAUCGAGAUGGACGUUAAUGACUACUCUCACAACAACGGAGUGUCUCAAGAUUCUGGUGAUGACUAUAGAGAAGAGGACGGAAGAACCCGAAAGGGUGGAUUCGCGAGUAUGGUGAAAAGUAGCUUCAAUGAUCUAAAGAAGUCAAUGCAGAACCGAGGGGGAAGUGAUGUUUUGGUGAAUGGGCAUCUUGUAGCUGAACGUCUGGUGAAAAUGGCGGAGAAGCAAGCUGGACCAAUCCGGCCUGGAAACUACUGGUAUGAUUACAGAGCUGGAUUCUGGGGAGUUAUGGGAGGUCAAUGUCUUGGAAUACUACCGCCUUUCAUUGAAGAGCUUAACUACCCAAUGCCAGAGAACUGCUCAGGAGGAAACACAAGAGUGUUUGUGAACGGAAGAGAGCUUCACCAGAAAGACCUGCGCUUGCUGAUUGCCAGAGGUCUCCCUAGGGACAGAGAUCGAUCCUACACUGUUUACAUCACGGGUAGAGUCAUAGACGAAGAUACAGGUGAAGAGCUAAACAGUCUUGGCAAACUCGCCCCAACGGUUGAUAAGCUAAAACGUGGGUUCGGGAUGAGAGUUCCAAGAAGAUAUGCAUGAAGAAAUAUGUUCAGAGCAUCCUAGCACUCUGUACUUACUCUAGAGAGCCUUGUUAUCAAUCAAUUAUUAUUAGCAACAAUAACCUUAAAACAGACACAAAAUGAUCUGUGUGUUCAAAAAGCUUACAAAAAGCAUUA